AUGUACGGCGACGACGACCUCCUCAGCCCCACGGAAUACGACUAUCCCCCACGGCACGAGGACGACGUGCAGGCCAUGUACACCGCCCGCCGUGUCCCAACCCCUCCACGCGCCGAGGCGCCUCCCCCGCCCCCGCUCACCGUCGCCGAGCGCGCCAGCGUACCGCCAUCAGCUGCACCAGCUAUCUCUUCUGCGGAUGCUAGCCGCGUGCCCAGCGAUAUCAAGGUCAAGGAAACCGAUCCGGCGAUUGAGGUGUCGGACUCUCGGCUUUCUGAUCCUCGGGUUCUGUACGACUAUAUUCGCGCAUAUGCCGUCAAGGAAUCGAACCGCAUGGAGGUGGAGAUCCUUAGCUAUUACUAUAUCGAACGCGAGUGCACUGUCGAGAAGCGAGACCAGGAAUAUGGGACAUAUGAGGAGAAGUCGACCUACUUUGAGAGGAUUGACGUCUUUCAACGCAAGGUACGGGCUCCUCUUGUCAGUCUCUUCCCUGAGGGUAAUAUGCACGUCUGGACUGUUCCCGACAACCUAGAGACACAACGCGGUCACAGGAAGCCGACUAUUGGCGCGCCGUUCAUGUCGCCGGCGCAGAGGAAACGGCUUAAAGGCACAAAGGAGGCAGACGCCGACUCGUCGACGACCGCCAACCGCAGAGGGGAGCCCCGGUGGAUGGCUAUGGGCCAGUACUGGGAUCAAUCCCCAGCUUAUGAGGCCGAGGGCAUGCGGGGCUCUGACCAGCUGUAUCAGUGGUGUCAGGCCUUUUGCCGUGACUCCAGCGGGUACAAGACGUUCAAGGUUAAGGUCGACGUGUGGGGUUGGAGCCAGGACGAAAUAAAGAACAGAAUCAUAGGUGUUAUUCGAGACGUUGGGUAUAUGAAGCCUGUAGAGGUCAACAUUUCCACCCCGAAGCCGCUCUUGAUUCGACAGGGCAAUCGGUUUGCGCGAUUGUUGGGGGGCACUGGCAAGUACAAAGUUGCCCACAUGAGCUACGGUCUCGCGACCAACCCGCCUCUGCCUGGCACAUUUAUCGGCGAGACCGUGGCCCAGGCGACAGAACGCAUACCCCUGGUGUUGGUCUCGGCCCCCGCCUUGCACAACCUCAAGCCUCCAAUCGAGGAAACUCUCCAAGCAGGGCCCAAGGGAGUGCACUACCAGCUGGGGUUAACGCAGGAGGAAUGGCUUGCUACAGCAGUGCGAGAAAGUCUCAGGAGCGUGCCGUGGCAUCUCUUUUAGCCGCGAUGGAUGCAUUGCCGUGGUAGAGGGG